AUGCCACCAACGAAACGGCAACACAACGAUCAAAUUCCGAUUUCAAAUAAUAAUAAAAAACGAAAACUAGAAGAUCAAAUAGCAGAGAUCAAUUCAACAAAAUAUCUUCUUGAAGACUUAGCAAAUGAAAUUCUUUAUGAACUAUUUGAAUAUCUUGAUUCAUAUGAUAUUUAUCAAGGAUUUUACAAUCUUAAUAGACGAUUUCAAAAUUUAGCUAUUAAUUCAAAUGUUUUAACUAAAAUCAACGUUUCAACAAUGUCAAAAGUAAAUUUUAAAGAUUAUUAUCAAAAUAUUCUGAUACCAAAUCGAAAUCAAAUUAAAGUACUUCGUUUAUCAAAUCCGUUUACUGCUGAUGUUAUUUUUUCACCACCACGCACUAUUUUAAAUUUUGUCCAUCUUGAAAAAUUAAUUUUUGACAAAGUACAAAUUAAGUAUUUUACUAAAGUUUUUCGUCAUUUAAAAGAAUUGCCAAAAUUGCAUUCAUUAACGAUUUCUCUUGCUGCUGGCUGCAAUCAACAAUCAUUAGAUCGUAUUUUUUCAAACAUUUUUCAUUUGCCAAAAUUAAAAUAUUGUAAAAUUGAAUAUGAAAUUAAACGUCUCGAGGAUGAACCCGUGCAACUUUAUUUUACUCAUCGUGAUUCCAGUCUUAUUGAAUGUUUGAUAAUAAAUGGUCGUUUUCCAUUUAAUCAAUUUCAGAAUUUAUGA